AUGGCCAUCUUCACCAAAAUCAGCAUCGCAGCCACCGCCCUCCUCGCAAUCCUCUUCCAGAUCUACCUCAAAGAAGCAAUAUGGCUUGGUUUCGGCAUAAACAGAACCAUCCAACCGCUCAGUGACUUCCCCUACCAAUGCCGUAGAAUCGUGCAUCAUCGGUUGGAAGCUUGCGAGGACAUGUACUUAUCACAAUCCACGCGCCAAUUGUUCCUCGCGUGCUCGGAUCCAUUUGCACGAGGGCAAUGGCAGCCAAAUGUUGGGUAUCGCAAUGUUUCGGGUCGAUCGCAGCGCGACGCUAUCGUUGCGUUGGAUAUCGAUAAGCCUGUUGAUAACGGCUUUGCGUUCCGGUCGCUGAAAACACCCGAUUUCGAGGGUACAGCUGGUGAUAGACUGAUCAACCUCGCUGGCUUCUCAGGCGUCGAGCAAGACAAUGGCGAUAUUGAUUUAUUCCUCGUCAAUUUGCGACCUUCGAUCGACGCAGACGGAAACUUGGUAGAUCAAUAUUUUCAUGGUGGAAACGCGACUAUCGAGCACUUUGCUACUGGCCCCCAAGCGACGGAGAUGAAGCAUGUUCGGACCUAUGCUAACCAUGGAAUUGCCACUCCAAACCGUGUUGCGGCGAUGAAUGAUAAAUCGUUUUAUAUCAGCAAUGAUCACGGCCCCUAUAAAUUCGGCUGGCGGCAUCAUUUGUCCAUGAUUCUAGGCUUCUCCGACGUAACCUUCUGCGAUACUCAAUCCUGCAAAACGGUUGCACCAAACCUCCAAUUCCCAAACGGUCUCGUCAUAAAAGAAAAUAUACUCUAUCUUCCUGACUCCAUAACAGGUCGUUUAUACAUCUACCACAUUCUUCCUAACAAAGAUCUCGAAAAGAUUGAUGAAGUUAAUCUAGGCUAUGGAGUUGAUAAUGCAUCGAUCGAUGAGAAUGGUGAUAUCUGGAUCGCUGCAUUUCCUAUAGGCGUUGAGAUCUUCAAGGCGUAUGAUGACCCGUAUAAUGCUCGUCCGCCUAGUGCUGUGUUGAGAGUUAGGAGAGUUGAGGGGGAGUAUGUUGUUGAGAAAGUGCUUGAGGAUGCGAAGGGAGAGGUUUUGCCCGCUGCUACGACGGUUGUGCAUGAUGUUAAGACUGGAAGGCUUUUCUUGAGCAGCGUCAUUUCACCGUUCAUCGCUGUUUGCGAACCAAAGUUGUAG